AAAAUGGAAGAAGAUGUUUUAAAUGCCUUACAGAGCCGCACAGCCUAUUUACCGGGAAGUUUUGAUCGUGAUGGCAAAAUCAUUUUCAUUGUCAAUGUAAUCAACGAUCUACAAAGUUGGCAGCGUAAAUGUUUGGAACUAUCGGCAGCGUAUUUGCGACGAUCACUAAGUGAGGUGAUUUUGCAACGAGGCAUUACCAUAAUUGUCGAUGCCCAAAAGACAACGGCCCGGAUAACGCGUCAGCAUGCCCGUUAUAUUUACAAUCUGUUCGAUGGUCUAAAAGUCAGUCUAUAUCUAGUCAAAUCCGAAGGAUUCUGGGAGAAACAUGUUGAGACCUGUACCAAAGGCCAGGGGAAGGGAGAGCCCAUUGUCUUGUCAAAGGCCCGUUUACCAAAAUUCUUUGAUUUGUCUUCACUGCCCGAAGAGCUGGGCGGUACACUGCAAUUCAAUUAUGAUUUGUGGUUACAGCAGAGGAAGACGGUGGAAGAGUUCAUUAAAUUUUAUGACGAUUGCCUUAAAUCCAUGGAAAAUUAUCACAAACUGUUGCAGGGCAAUAAAUCAAUACGGCCAACGGAAGCGGAUGUUGAGCUUAAGAAAAAUGCCCAACAACAUGCGACAGUGCAGUGUAACAUCGAAACGGUCAUUGCAAUGGGCAAUCGUAUUUUAACACGUUUCAAUGAAAUCUAUGCCCCCACUGCACCAUUUCCAACAACAACCGCAGCGGCAACAACAAUACCUAGUGCCAAUGCCAGCAGCACAACUUCAAAUAAAACCAAAGCCAAACCGACCCCAACAAACUCGCCGCCAGCAACAACAUUGGUACAACAACACCAUGAUCACGAUGCCGCUGCAGUAGCAGUGAGUGCUGCCCAUUCUACACCUGCAGUGAUGGCAACCGCAACACCACAACCAAUGCACAAACCUCCAUUGCCACCCGAUUUGAAUUGUGAACGGGCACGUAUCGAAAUGCGUCUAAACGAAAUUGAAAAACGCCAGACUGACGUGCGUACAGCAUGGCUGGAUCUGCUGCAGUCCGUGAGAGAGGCCAGAGAAGUGGCCAGCCUGGAGGAGGGUGUCGCCUUUGUAACCAAUUGGAUAUUGAAUACGGCCGAACAAAAGCUUAAUCGUCAGACGAGCAUUGGCUGUGAUGUCAAGGCAUGUGAACAGCUGAGAGCUGCCCACGACAACUUGGAGUUGGAAUGCCGUGAAACAUAUGGUUUCUACGCUGAACUCCUUUACAAGAUCGACGCGUAUGCCGGCAAUAAGGAUACACCCGGUUAUCGUGACCUAUUACCACAAAAGGAAUUCAUGCAGUUUGUAUGUCGGUCGUUUGCCACUCGUCUGGAGAGGCGACGCAAUAUUUUAAUAACUUCGUUGAGAUUUUAUCGUUUUGUAAGCGAAUACUUUGAACGGACCACAGAGGUAUUCGAAUCUCUAGUCAUGGGUAGUGGUAAGAAUGUGGAAGAUUUGGCGGCGGCCACCAGUACACUGCAAAAGCUGAAAAGUUCGCAACAGAGUUUGGCUGCCAUUGAACGUGAAUUGAUCAAGGAUGGCGAAAAGCUCAGCGAUAUGCUCUCGAUGCCGGUUAAAGAUGCUCUUGGCCGUGACCUACACAUCGACUACAGCGAUGACAUUUACAAUAUUCGUGAAAUUUUGGACACCACCCUGGCGAGACGUAAAAUAUUCAGUGAUAGUGUGGAGUUGCAAAAACUCACCUUGGAACAGCUGACACACAUUUUCACAUACGAACAGGAUGCCCGAAUGGCCAUAAAAUGGUUGGACGAUUUGUACAAUGUCAUGAUCAAGUGCCAUUCGCAUGUUGGCUGUAAUAUCCAUGAGAUACAGGUGCAAAAGGAUGAAUUGCAAACAUUUCAGGAAACUGGAAAGAGUAUCUUCCAGUACGGCUGUCAAUUGCUGGAGGCAUCACAGACGUUGCGCACCACCUGCAAGCUGGAAAUCAACGAAGCAUUACAAAUGCAACAGCAAUUAGAGAAAACGUGGCACAGUCUGCAGGCUAUAAGUCAGGAGCACAUGACACGACUUCGCGUUUCCGCUGUCUUUCAUCGCAGUGUCGAAGAUUAUUGUCAGCAGCUGAUCGAUUUGCGUCGUACCCUACGCACCAUGUUGCAGGAGCAACAAUUGCAGUUGCGUCAACAACAACGUAGCAGUAGCAGCGGCGUUAGCAGUGAAUCUGCCUCGCCUCAACCAUCCUCCACAACGUCGACAAUGACACGCAAUAUGACAAUAUCAUCGGCAACAUCAUCACCCUGUAUGAUGCAUGGCUACAAACCAACGAAAACCAAGCAACGAACGAACAACGACAACUAA